AGGUUUACACACAGCAGAGCAGAAGACAAGAGGCUGCAGAGCAAAGAUGGACGAGAAGCAUCGUUGUGUCCAGCUGUCGGUGAAUCCGUCUCGGGGACUCAUGGACGAGAAGUUUGUCAUCCUGGUCCAGCAUGCCCCUCCUGGUUCUGAGCUGACUGUUCACGCCUUGCACCAGUGUGAUGACGGUCAUGGUUGGGAUGCGUUUGCUCACUACAUUUCUGAUGCCACCGGCAGAGUGAACGUGUCUGAGGACUGCAGUCUGGGAGGAACAUAUUCUGGAAUUGAACCGAUGGGUCUACUGUGGAGCCUCAGACCAGUUCCAGGCAGCAAACCUGGACUCAGGUUGCGGAAGAAGAACGUCCAGGAGCCCAUGUUGGUCACAGUGUCGGUGUACGAGGGUCACAGGAAAGAGGGCUUUGCAGAUCUUGUCCCUCUUGCCAGUGUCUUGGUGGAGCGCUGGUACAUGGCGCCUGGUGUCCGCAGGAUCCCGGUCACAGAGGGUGGACUCACUGCAACCCUCUUCCUGCCCCCAGGACCUGGACCUUUCCCUGCUGUCAUGGACCUUUGGGGGGGAGGUGGGCAGCUGGUGGAGUAUCGUUCGGCGCUGCUGGCCUCACACGGCAUUGCUGCUUUGGCCAUCGACUACCUGACAGCUAAAAAUACCAGUCAAACAGGAAUUAAUAUGAGCGCCACAUAUUUUGAGACUGCGUACAAAUUCCUGCAGGAGCAUCCUCAGAUCCUCGGUAGCAGGAUCGCCAUGAUGGGACUUUCCUUUGGCACCGGUGUGACCCUCCGAAUGGCUGCUUACUCCGAAGUUAUGAAGCUCAGAUGUGCAGUGUGCAUCAGUGGGAGUCACGUGCAGCCGGUUGACAAAGAAAUGGGAGCCAUGUUGACUUCCCUUAACGAAGCAAACAUGCGUAUGAAUGAGGAGAAGCAGAUAAUCUGGCGAGGUCUAGUGCUGCCCAUCCCCACGGAACCUUCCAAGAAGGUUGAUAUGGGACGACUGCAGUGUCCUCUGAUGCUGAUUGUUGGUGAGGACGACCAGAACUGGGCCGCCGAAGAGUCUGCAAACGACAUGAAGGAGAUGAUGGAGCGAGCGGGGAACAGCCAUCUGCUGACCGUCCUGUCCUACCCUGAGGCAGGUCACCUGAUCGAACCCCCGUACACGCCACACGUUCGAUUCAGCAAAUUCAAAUCAGUCGGCACAGAUUUUACGGUGAUGGUUCUGUGGGGCGGACAGACUUUGGCACAUUCCAGAGCUCAAGAGGACUCCUGGAAGAAGAUGCUGUUCUUUCUCAGGGUGAAUCUGUUCAGUGGAGCUAGACCUGAUGGAAAGUCUCUUUCCAAUCUUUAACUACGGCGGAGCUAAUGGUUUGGAGAAAGUCUUUGGGCCUCCUUUCAAAAUAGCUGAAUUAUGUUGAAGGUGAUCACACUAGAUGCCCAGUGUUCAGUGUUGACGACUCUAAAAAUCAUCAUUCCUUUAGCUUAUUCUUCCCCAUGAUGUUAAUAUUGUAGUAAAUGCAUAUCUGCUGCACCAUCUGAUGAAACCAGUUAAUUCACAGUUCCUGCUUCCAGAAGCUGCACUAUCCACUUUACAUUUUGCUAGCCAAACAAAAUCAUCAAACUUGUUUCUGAUACAUUUUAACAGAGUUUCCCCAACCUUUAUAUGAGAAGUGGGGUGCAGGGAAAUAAUAACUGCUUAUGUCUUGUAUUGAAAUAAUCGCCAGCUGUUGUGAUCCCCAGCCAACAUUUGAGAUGAAACGGCUUGUCUUUAGGACGAGUUUUCAAAUGGCACCACCAGAAAAUGCUCACAGUGGCCACGUUCAGAUUCGGAUUUUAAGAUGAGGCAGAUUGUAAAUGUGUCCUUUAAACACCCGAGUGGAUCCGCUUCACUUGGAGCGGAUUAUAUUUCGGAUCGGAUUGUACGCAGGAGUCUACGCCGAUCGAUAAUCCGCUCUGUGUCUCAUAUGUACGGUCUUUGACAGUGGAGCAAAGGGUGAUUAUUGGUUCUGCACAUGCAUUCCCUGUAUCGUGGAGAGGUUGGAACAUUAUUUGAGCAGAUAUCCAGCAGAUAAAAGCACAAGGCGCUGCGGAUUGCUGGCUGCAAAGCUGUGAGAGACUUUGUGCGUGUCACAGAUGUCCAUUUGCGAGGACGUCGUAUAAUCCGCUUCAGCCAGGGCUCUUGUAAACGAGGAUUUGAAGGUGCGACGCUUUGUAUGCCGUCCAUGUAUACAAAUGCGUUUAAUAUGAUUGUUUUCAAUCGGAUUGAGAAAAAACACCUAUGUAAACUGGGCCAUUGGCUUGGACGGACAAAAAUAUCCAUCACCGAAGCUACUUCACUGACAGCAGAGUGUGCAUGUUAGGCUUCAAACCCCUUAUCACAGCUGAAGUAUAAGUCUUUAAACUUGGAUAUUUCGAGGAUUAAAGUGGCAGUAACACCGACAUUAUAAAUGGUACAGUUCUUACUACGUGAGCUUGUUGGUUGAGCUGUGUGGCAGCAGUGAGAUUCGGCUUUAGGAGAGUCGACAGACCUCUCUCUGGCCUCCAUAAACAAAACCAAUGGAAGAAAAUUCCCAAAUAUCCCAGGGACAUGUUGGCACUAAAUCGUCAUCCAGUAAAGCUUUCGACUUUCUGCUUCGACACCGGCCAUGUUUAGGUUGACCUGUUGACCUUUGGUGCAGGUGGACUCUGAGGGGGUCCUGAACAGGUGGUUUUUAGAGAUG